CUAAAAUAACUAAAUUUUGGGUUUCCCAAUAAGAAUGCGCGAUCUUUGGCAACAGCGCAUUGCAAGGUCGAAAGUCACACACGCGUUAUCUUUGCCAGGAGUAUUCAGUUAGCCUUGACAUUUAAUAUGGAGAGGUAUACAAUUGAACAACGUGUCGAAAUCGUCAAAAUAUAUUACCAAAACCAAUGUUCUGUUCGGCAAACGUUCCGCGCACUUCGUCAAGUUUAUGGUGUCCAUGAUCGUCCUACCGAGUCCUUAAUUCGCCGUUUAAUGCAGAAAUUUAAAGAAAGUGGUUCAGUGGCAGAUCGACCAACGCCUGUACGCCAACAAAGAGUGAAAUUCGUUGAAAAUAUUGCUGCCGUUCGGGAAAGUGUGCAUGAGAAUCCGAGACAGUCUAUUCCGCGUCGUGCUCAAGAGCUUGGACUUUCGCGGAUGUCAACCUGUCGACGGUGAGCGAUAUAGAGCUAUUAUAAUAACAUUUUUGUGGCCUAUAGUGGGUGG